GUUAAGGCAAAUAUCAGGCCUUUUCCGAUUGCACAUGUGAGGCGGGCCUGUGGGCCGAGUUGGUUGAGGACAGCCGGACAGGGACUUGGUUGGCUGGCCUAUAAUAAAUUGAAGGGUACCCUAAAUUGAAUCUAUCCACUUUGCCUCCUAAACUCACCCCCGAUCGAAUCCCCAAUUGUUCAAUCUCCUCCUCCGGGAUGGGGCGCCGCCGCCGCCACCGCCGCCACCACCGCCGGGACGGGACCGAUCUGCUGGAGGCCGAGCCGUUGUUGGACGACUCCCACCUGAUGACGGUGCGGGAUCCAUUGCCAGCGGCGUACAUUGCAGUAUGCCGUCGGGACUGGUAUUCCCACUCCUACUACCGCCUGUACAAGGUGGAAGACGACUCUUCCUCCUCCUCCUCGCCGUCGUCGCCGGUGACAAAACAAGUCCUCCACCGCUUCGCUCAUCUACCGACGGACGUGGCCUGCAAGACCGUCGUCUCCGUGCGCUCAAGGUGGAUCGUCUCCGUCGGGGGAAACCCCGGCGGCACCGUCCUCUUCGACACCGAGACAAGGAGGGUCAUCACCGGGCCGAAGCUGCUGUCCGCGAAGCUGUCGCCCGUCGCGGCGGCCGUCGGGGACAGGAUCUACGUCCUCUCGAGCCGCCCCCAAUACUUCGAGCCGUGGUUCGAGGUGCUCGACCUGUCCCGGGCCACGGUGGUGGCAACGGCGGACGGCCGCCACACGCUCGAUGGGUGCUCGUGGGAGGCCUUGCCGGAUCCCAUAUGCUUCCCUUGUGUGCUCUCCCCGGCUGGGUACCUCGCCCCGCCCCUCAUCCUCGUCACCUCCUACGUGCUAUUUCUCCCCUAUCUGCUCGUGUCCGUGAAUAAUAUGGGCAAGAUGACAACCUAUGCAUUUGACACCGGCACUCACCGGUGGCACAAGCUGUACGACUACGGCCUGCCGUUCUUCGGCUCCGCGACGCCACUAGUAGGCAUCCGUCUAGUCUCAUCCGCUCCUCAUCUCAAGCUAUCCGUCACCGAGUUCCCGGUGAAAACCGAGGCACGUGAGGAGGUUGGUGUAGGGGAAGCGCUAUGCUUGGCUUCCAUGGAGGACGAGGGGAGCUUUUCUUGCAUUACAUUCAGGCUUGAUGACCGCGAACACCACAUGUCUUAUGAUAAAGAUAUACACGAAUUCUAUCCAAGGAAGAUGUAUUUAAAUCUCACCACCUAUAAAAUAGUGGAGGGGGAGAAGACUGAUAUGGACAUUGUAGUCCGCUGCAAACGGGACAAGGCCUUGAAGAUUUUCAGUUCCCAUGGGUUCUCCUCUCCACCCAUCGCCUUUGCUUUAUCCAUAUAAGCAAGACCCACCAACACUUCUGUUUCACAUUUUGGUCCUUCAUAACUUGUGCAAAUGUAUAUAUGUGCCAUGUGCCAAUGUUCAUUUCUCAUGCUUUCUACACUACAUAGGGAAAUUUCCUUGUACUGAAUUUUCCUUCUACACUACAUGUACAAUAAAAGACCUGUUUGGCAUGACUCCAUAUGCAACUCCAUCUCUCCUGAUGUUGGAGUCCAACCAAACGAUUUCAGCUCCACCUAAACGCUCUUAUAAAAUGAACUAGAGAUGUGAAGCUGGGUUUAGACUACUCUACAACUCCAGUCCAAACCUAAUUUCUGGAGUUAAAUUUAGAAGUUUGAAUACCUAUGAAUCAAUUGUGGGCAUGGGUAAAGCCCUUAGAUCCCGCGGCUUGGAGGUAGAGGAAAGAGAAUGCUUCAAGCCCAGGCAGUGGCCGCUUGGCCAGUGGGCAGCGUAAGGUGAGAAGCGUUGGAAAAAUGCUUGCGGCAGUGAAGAAGGAUGAACAGUGAUAAGGGUUGUGUUUAGUUCACGCUAAAAUUGGAAGUUUGGUUGAAAUUGAAACGAUGUGAUGGAAAAGUUGUAAGUUUAUGUGUGUAGGAAAGUUUUCAUGUGAUGGAAAAGUUAGAAAUUUAAAAAAAAAAAGUUUGGAACUAAACACGAUAAAGAUGGAGCGAAGAAUUCAGGCGUCAAGUAGCAACCUAGUGGCAGGACAUCAGCACGACAUAGAAGCGAAAGGGAGAGGGACAAUUUGGUUUUCUUUUUUUUCUUUCUUUUCUUUUUUCUCUUUUCUUUCUUUUCAUUUUUCUCUCUCAGCUGGAGUUUCCACAAACUUGUCUCGAGUGGGAAACGAAAAAAAAAAUCUUCCCUUUUUUUUUAUAACAACCUUUCCCGUUUCAUUUUCGGGCUGCGAACCCACGAGUGCUUUUUGCCCAUAUAAACAGCGUUUUGUGAUGCUUUAUUUCCUUUCUUAGACCAUAAAUGUUUUCUGAUACAAUCAAUAAUAAAUCUAAAUAUUCAAAUACAAAGUUUUAUAUUUGGGGUGUAAUUUAAAAUUUAUAGUAGAAAGUUCUAAAAUUUAGGUGAAGUUUUCUUAAUUUACAAUAGAAAGUUUCAAAGUUCGAACUAAAAGUUUUUAAUUUUGAAUUAAAAAUUUUAAACUCAAGGUAGAGUUGUUUAAUAUAAAUUUUUAAAAUUUAAGUUGAAAGCUUCAAAUUUUAAGUUGAAUGUUUUAAAAAUUGGGUAGAGUUUUUACAAUUUUUGGGUAUAAAGUUUCAAGAGCUCAACAAUUGUUAUGCCUCCGAUCCAAUUUAUCCGUCCCUUCCAGUAAAGUUAAAUAGCAGAAUGAUUAAAUAAAUAUGAACAGGACACAGUAAAAAAAACGACGCACGACAUCCCUUUCAUCUCACCAACAAGCUGCAGUCGCACUCUUGCACUACAGCAUUGUAAUUUACAGCAUUCAAGUGGUAAAAGGAAAAUAAACAGCGAGCCAGAGAUCGCAAUUACAGGAGACAGCAAAUACAAGGGCGUGUCGCUCAAUCUCAUGGGCUCCUGCGAAGCUUGACACGAGCCAUGGCAAUCGAGUAUGUACUCACCAGUGUUACAAGUUACAAUCUGGCACUGGUAGUGCCAGCAGGUAAGUCAGAAUCAAAUCAAGGCGAUUCGGUGUUCACGGAACUGAUCAGUGUCAGUGAUUCGUUGAGAUGGACUUUGUCAAGGCUAAUAAGUUGUUACACUAUCCCAGAUGAUUUGACUCUCUUGUGACGAGAAGAAUGACUGAGGCACAUCUUCAAA